AUGGCUGAUCAGUCAGUACCCGCUCGGGCUGACGUCCUGACGACUCUCGAUUAUGGGCAGCUUCGGACAUCUGCGCUCAUUGGCGCUGCGGGCAUUGCUAUCCUCAUGCUUUUGAGUUCCAUCAUCACCAUCAAACCCGAACAAGAUGAACCUCCCCUGUUCAAGCCGAUGAUACCGCUUGUCGGCCACAUUAUUAACAUGGUCCGACACGGGACAAUGUUGCUUUCUCGCUACAGAAAACGCAACCUCCCAGCAGCCACGCUGCCCAUGCUGAACGGCAAAAUGUAUGUAAUCUGGGAUGCAUCCCUCGUUCAGGCACUCUUCCGUAAAAAGAGCUUCACCCUCGAACAUUUCGCCGCCAAGUUCUCAGGCAACGUCGCCGGCCUAAACAGCUCUACUCGCAACAUAUUCCUCACGACGCCCCUCGUGAAGGAAAUGCUGGAACUCUUCAGCAAGCACCUCCUCAAAGGCAAAACCCUCCAAAGAGCCCAGAUUGCCGCCGUCUGUUCCAUCGAGGACAGCCUCCGCGGCGAGUUUACUAGCCUCAAGAACGGAGAGUGGCUCGAGAUCUCCUCCAUUUAUACCUGGCUGCGCGACAUCACAACCCUCGCUGCAAGCCGUGCCUUCUGGGGUCCGCAGAACCCAUUAGACGGCGACCACACGCUUCUCGAGGACUUUUGGCGCUUUGAAGAUAAGCUCCUCAUCAUGGCGCUGGAUCUGUACCCCCGCUUCACGGCGCGCAAGGCCUACGACGCCCGCGCGCGCGUGCAGGCCGCCUUUGGCCGGUUCCACGCAGCCGGUCUCGUCGACAGCGAUGGCGUGUCGGAACUCAUCCGCGAGCGGGCGCGGCUGAUUCGAUCGUACGGCGUGGCGAGCGAGGAGAUUGGGAAGAUGGAGACGAGCAUCCUCGCCGUCGCGCUGAGCAACACGGCACCGACGCUGUUCUGGCUCCUGUCCUCCAUCCUCAGCACGCCGGGGCUGGCGGAACGGGUGCGCGGGGAGCUUGAGAGCGCCGUGCGGUGGACCGGUGACCAGGCGGUGCUAAGUGUGUCGUCAUGGGAACGAUGCCCGCUGCUGGUGAGCUGUUAUCACGAGACGUUGAGGCUGAUGAGUAGGACGACAGUGACGAGGCGCAGCGACGAAGAUGCCAUACUUAUUGGCGCUGAUGGGCGCGAGUACAUGAUUAGAGCCGGCGUCGACGUGCAAGCGUCUGCGACUGCGUUGCAUACGGACCCUCGCAUCUGGGGAUCGGAUGUCCAUGACUUCGAUCCUGACCGAUUCCUUCCAUUUGCGAAGGAUACGAUCUCGCAACACGUGCGGCAGAAGAAGGCGGCAUUCAUACCGUUUGGGGGCGGACGGCACAUGUGUCCGGGACGAAACCUUGCUUUCGCUCAGGUCGUGACCUUUGCCGCUGUGCUCUUACUUGGGUAUGAUGUUGAGCCGGGCAAAGGAUCGCGAGAAGGCACUCACAGCGACGCAAAAGUCUGGAAGAAGCCGCCACGGAUGACACGAGGGUCAAUGGCGGAAGCCAUUUGCCAAGCCGGUCAAUAA